CAGACCCAUGACACACAAUAAUAACACGUGUAGACAAGCCGGGAUGUUGUUCCUGUCCGCUUCCAAAACACACGGUUGCUACAGCGGCUUGAGUCAGGACAUCGCCAGAGACUGAAUGAACACUUCCGACUUGUAACGCCACUGCGUUUUUUUGAUUCGCGGAGAUGAGAGGUGCAUUUACGUUACGAUCUUAAUGUGUUUACCCUGCAGAUGCGAAGAUGAAACGAACAUGAUCAGAGCCGAUGGCCCCUCCACCAAGAGCGAGGAGCCCCGGGACGCGGGGAGCAGGACGAGGCAACCCCCAGAAAUGCUGCACCUCAUGUUCGCUGUGUCCGUGUGGCUGGUGACGGGCACCACUAUAUCCAGCCUCAACAAAUGGAUAUUCGCCGUGUACAAUUUCAGAUACCCGCUGCUUCUGUCAGCCCUCCACAUGCUGACGGCGAUCGUGGUGGACUACGGACUGAUCAAGUGCAGGGUGAUCCGGCACAGAGGCUUCGGAGAGCAGGAUUUAACCACCAGCGCCAAAUGCAAGGUGUUCCUGCUGAGCUUGACCUUCUGUGCCAGCAUCGCGUUUGGCAACGUGGGACUCACUUAUGUACAGCUCUCGUUCGCGCAGAUGAUCUACACCACAACGCCGCUGUUCACGCUGGCCAUUUCCACGCUGAUUCUGGGGAAGCAGCACCACUUCCUGAAGUACACCGCGAUGAUGCCCAUCUGCCUCGGGGCGUCGUUCAGCAUCAUGGGCGAGGUCCAGUUCGACCAGACCGGCUGCCUGUUCGUGUUCGCCGCCACUAUGUUGAGAGGCGUGAAAUCCAUUCAACAAAGCAUCUUGCUCCAGGAGGAGAAGAUCAACUCUGUCUUCCUGCUGUAUCUGAUGUCCAUCCCCAGCUUCUGCAUCCUGGCUGUAGCCGCCCUGGCUCUGGAGAACUGGGCCGCGCUGCAGUCCCCUUUCCAGUAUGACCACCACCUCUGGGGUUUCAUCUUGCUCAGCUGCCUGGGCUCAGUGCUUUACAACCUGGCCAGCUGCUGUGUCAUCACCCUGACCUCCGCUGUCACGCUGCACAUCCUGGGGAACCUGAAUGUGGUGGGGAACCUGCUGCUGUCCCAGCUGCUGUUUGGGCACGAGCUGACGGCUCUUAGCUGUGCAGGAGCUGUGCUCACCCUCUCAGGCGUGAUCAUCUACCAGAACUCAGAGAUCAUCGUAGCUUACAUCGACACACGGAGAGCCAGGACACCAACCGGUGGCAGUGAAGAGGACGUGGUUUGUGUUAAGAAGAAUGAGUCGAGCAUAUCAGAGAAUCCAGAAGAAGAAUCAUUUUCAAAAGCAGCUCAAGAACCUAACGAGAGGACAGAGAACCAGGUGCAUGAGAAAAUGGACUGAAGGGACUUAAAGGCUGUGUUUCAAAACCUAGUGAACUGCAGUGCUGCUGUCUAUAGCCAAACUCCUCACUUUACAAGUACAAGGAAAGUGAAAAGGGGUCAUGGCUCUCUUUGGUCCACAACCACUUUCAUUAGAUGGAAAAGAGAAGCUUAUAGCCAGAGUUAUUGUAGUUCACUAAAACAAUAAAAUAAGGUGCUCAUUGAAAUAGAAUAAAUGUUAACUAAAGUUAUUUAUUUUGUUUUGCAAAUUUUAGGUGGUUGCCAAAACUGAAAUAUUUACUAAAAUGUACUAAAAUAUAUAUUUAUAUAUAAAAAGCACAACAAAAUGACUAAAAGCCUUGUGGGCAGUGCGCCGAUAUAUAGAGCAUUGCGCGACGGUGUCCUGAGUUCGAAUCCCUGCUGGAGGAUCUCUCCGCACCCCUCUCUCUCUCUCUCUCUCUCUCUCUCUCACUUCGUUUCAUGUCUACAAUACUGUCCUACCAUAAUAAAAGGCCAAAAACUGCCACAAAAAAAAAAAAAAAUCUAACAGAAAAUGACACUUGUAACUAAGUAACAGUAACAUCUGGCAUGCUUUACAAUGGCAGCAAUUUGUUAAUCACACAAGUAGCACUCGUGACACAAAGCGCACAAGAAACAGCCGAACAUAGCUUUUGAAUUAGACUUUAUUUGGUAUUGAUCGUUUCGAUACGUGGCCAUUACAAAAUGUUGUUCAUGUCGUGUCUGAUUUGUAACUUUCCAGACGUGAUAAAUAGUUUUGCUCGUGUUUAAACUUGACUUUAGUGUAUCGCUUCCCCUUCACAAGCACUCGUCAACAUGGCCAUCUAGGGUUUUUGCCCUGUGUUUGUUGUCUGUUUUUCUGUUUUAAGGUUGCCACCUUGUGGACAAACUAUUUAGUGCAAAAAAAAAAUUCAAGACACACGUGAGUUAAGCAAACAGAGCAUGUUCAAAUAGUAAAAUCUACCUGCACAUACAAACCCAAGUAUACUUUGGGUGUAGAGUUUGGCAUUAGCAUGUUGCAAAGCUAACACUGUGAUACUGUAAUAUGCAAAAUACAAAGCACACCGAUACAGGAUAAAAUAGUCUAAUUUGAAUUCAAUUGAACUAGUUUGAUACAUUUUUCAGUUUUGAAUAAAUUAAGUAUAUUUACAUUCAAUGUUUGCCAUCUAUGAUGCCAAAUAAAUGCAGUCUUACAUGGACAGUUCACUAGGUUUUGCAACAGAAGACUGAGUAUCAUCCAGUGUUAGCUGGUUUAAUAUGGAGUCUGAUCAGAUACGAGGUCUGCUGGAUGGCGGGGAUGAUGAGGAUGGUGAUAUUGGAGGUGUAGUUUUCCCCAGAACCUCCUCACUGUGCCAGGAUAUUUAAUUUCAGUCAUCCUUUCAAUGGAGAAGCACCAUCUACCAGAGCUCUGAGACUGAUUGACUGACUCAGCACAUGCCUUUUUUUAGCAGAUGCCGACGGCAACAGUUUGUUUGAUUUUAUUACCUCUGUUUUGCCAACACACACUUAUAAGUGCGUGGAAACUCCUGCAUGAGCCUCGGGAAGAUCUCCAACAUCCUGCCAUAUUCAUCCUGUGACUGUGUGUCUAUCUAAUGCACUGUGAAAUACAACUGCUCCGUUUGCUCUGGUCCUCUUUAGCCGUUACUGGACUAGUUGGCACUUCUUGACUACUAGAGAUAGUCACACAAAAAGAUACAUAGGAAUAAUGUAUUUUUAGAUACUGUAACUCAGCCGUCUUGAUUUGGUGAUAUGGGACGGUCUAUUUUGAGGCAGCUUUCUGUAGGAUGCCAUGUUUAAAUAUGUACAGCAUUAUCACUUUUCGUCUUGGUUAAGUUUACAUAAUGAAGACGAGGAAGAUUACUGGCUCCUUACUUGGGUUCACUUUUAUUCAUCUUGGUGCACUAUUUAGAAACGUUCUUUCCAAGAUUGAUGUUUUUUUGUUUUGUUUGUUUUUUUCAAGGCAUGUUCCUGACAAGCUUGAUCGAGAUUCAUCCCGAGUAACAGCUGAGAACUUUUUUUAAGUAUGUAGCAUUAUGAAAAGGCAGGCAGGUUUAAACUGGUGACUCUUAUGUAAUUCCCAGUGCGGGUAAUUAUGAAUAACUUUCUCUAAGGAGUCUCAGACAUCUUUAGCACACUAUUAUCUCUUAGGAGAAAUCAAAAUGAUAUCGUCUCUCUCAUUGUCCUCUUUAAAUCCUCCACUAAAGGCCUGGCUCGUCUCCUCUGAGUGGGUGUUCAUCUUUUUUUCAUAAGUUUCUUGAUGGAUUUGUUUUAUUGAUGCCUGCUGGACAGUAUUAUUUUCCCUCCACUUUGAUUUGUGUGUUUUGAUGCUGUUCUAAAAAUAAAAUAAAAAACUUGACAGUAAAAAAAGGUUAUAGACCCAGGUACACGGCAAGGUCAUUCCCUCAAAGAGUUGUGUUGCCAUCUGCUGGAGAGAAAGCGGAUUUGCAUUUAUUAUUAUGACUUCGUUUAUAUCCGAAUUGAAGUGCAUUAGAUUAAAAAAUAUAUAUAUAUCAGGCAGUUUGCCUUUUUCCCAGCAUGUUGGGAAUUCAUAGCUGGGGUUUAGUGUGACAUAACAAAACACUCACAGAUUUUUGGGUUUUUAGAUUUGGCUAACAGGAAAUGAAUGAGGAUGUGAAUGUAUCUCAGUGGGUGUUGAAGUUUACGCAGUCUUAUGGAGUCAUAAUAAAAGCCUACACUGACUCAAGUGUGCCUACCUGAGGGAAACACUUAUAAGGUCUCAACUGUCCUUUCAUGCUUCUGUUGUUUGCACUCAUUACUUCACUUCUAGUGAGCAGCAUCAGGAAAAGCAUCAUACAAGAUCAUAUACUGUAUGUACAGGAUCGAUCUAGGUAUGGUUAAUGGCCUAUGGUCAUCAUUUUAAAAAUGACACAUUAAACACAGCCUAGCUGUCCGGUCACAUUUAAUGUUGCUAAUCAAAAUCCAGUUAUUACAGCAAGAACUGGUUGGGAAAUUAUUCAUGAAAAUGCACCUCACUGACCAACAGAAGGUUGAUUUGUUUAAAGGUGACUUGAGUGUAAACUCUGCUUCGUGCAUCGCUUUUUCUCUGAAAUUGCGCUAAAGUGACUGCACCUUAUCACUGAACGCAUGUUACGCAACACUGCGUAUUCAUAACUGUGUAAUGUUCAUCCAGUAUCUCUGUACCACAAGCACAUCGGUUAACUGCAAUUAGUAUGAAAUGAUUAUCAACAGAAUGAAAGCGAAGUUACUCUUCGCCAUCACACAUGAUGUGAGGGUUGUCAGAAAAAUACCUCAGAUGUUAUUGUUUAUUCCUGUAAUGACAUUUGUUGACAUUUUACUGGGUCACUAAUGUACUGGAUAAUGAGUCUUUUAUUGGUUGCAGCGCAAAAUUGCACUGAUGAUUUGCAUAAAUGUUUUUUUUUUUUAUAUCUGCAAAAUAUCAGAUGUAAAUACUUAUUUUAUUAUAUUUAUGUAUUUUACAAUCAUGAAAAGUUGUUAAUAUACUGGUACAAUAAACAGUCUCAUGCC